CGACGCGCGUUAGUUUUUUAAUUUUUUCACCAGCGUCGGCAUCACUUUUGGAUCCGCGAACGCUCUUGUCUAUAAAUUUAAAAGUUUAACAUACGUAUUUGAAAAGUUUUUUCCGUGUUAUAUAAAAACAAAACAAAAGAAUUAAUUAUCGUGCGACACGAAUAAGUACAUAGUAGAAGACAAUCUAAUGCUUAGCAAAAUGGCACAAUCGAAUAAUAAUGGAGGUGGAGGUGGCGGCGGUGCCACUGCUACUGGAAGGCGGAUGCCGAUGUCUUUGACCGGAGCAGCCGGUAGCGCCUCCACAGUUUCCCGCGUUCACCAAUCAGCCGCCAGCAAUGGACGCUCUAACAGUCCACAGAAUAACAAUGCGAUCAAGAAAAACGAAUUGAACUUUGCGUCAGGACCAUUUGUAGCUAUCAAGAAAUCAAGUGGUAUUCCCCAGCGAUCGAGCAGCACUUCCUCCACUGCUUCAACAGCUUCCUCUUCCUCUGCCUCAAAAAAUGAUGAAAAGAAAAGUCAAAAUGGCACUAUCAAAUCUACAAAUGGCAAUCAAAAGACGUCACAAAACGGCAGCUCAAGUGCCACUGCUAAGGAACAACAAAAAACUAAGGAAAAACUGUCUGAGAAAAAGGACCCGGUCCAAGCGGAAGUUAUUGAUGACGCUAAGGAAAUCAAAAAAGAUACAAAACCAAUGGCAGCAUCGCCAAGUGCAGAACCUAAAACUGUUGAAGUUGGUGAUAACGCAAUCAAAGAUGUGGAUGACGAUUGUGUAAUCACUGAAGUGUUCAACACGCCGACUGCGGAACGUAAGUCAUCGCGCAGGUUGGCCGGGUCUUCAGCCGUCAUAGAGAAGUCGCCCGUAAAGCCACAGGAGAGUGAGUCUCCAGUUUCGAAGAAGCAGACUGUGAAAGCUAACGAAAAAACGGAAGAGGCGGAAGACGUCCAAAUGGAGGCGCUAACAGUGGAAGCUUCGCCCAUUCGAGUCGUGACUAGUACGCAGCCAACUGCCACGUCUACGCCCGGGCGCAAUCUCUUUGGUUUACGUAGUAGCAGCAAGCAGACUACCGAAGUGGAAUUGGCCGCGCAGCCAUCUAGCUCCCCAGCAAUUACACCUGCACGUAAUUUUGCGCAGAUUAGCGGUCGCCGGAGCAUACGCCCAGCAGAAACUCUAACGCCUGGCAAACUGGGUAGCUAUAGAUGCGUUAAUACUGACCUGGAUACCUCCAGCUGCACAAACACGAGCAUGAAUGCCACCGUGGGCUCUGAGAUACCCAAUAGUUCUUCAUUCUCAUUCUCGUUCUUUGGACGCGGACGUAAACGUGAGCGCACACCUCCGCCGCUAUCCAGCAGCCAGUCGGCAAACGAUCUCGCCCAGGAUGUCGAAAUGUCACCGCCAAAACGUGCACGCUUCGAUCUUUUUAGCCUAAACUUGGCAUCACCAUUCACCAUGCUGCGAUCGCGAUUCUCGAAAACGUCAAUUAGCACGCCGUCAUCGCGCCAGCGUCACGAGCAGACACCACCAACUGGUGAUGAUGAGGGCACAGAAGUGCAGAAUGUAUCGGGGAUUAUUAGCCAUGAGGAGGAGCAACAGCAGCUUAAUAAAUCUUCGGCCAGCAAUGAAGCUAGUGUGGCCCAUGAAGCUGGACUGGAAACGCCCAAGAAGAGUGGCGUAGAAGGUGAGAAGGAUAUAGUACAGGGUGAGCAGAAGGCUGAGGAUCAAGGUGAGGAUGCUGUGGCCAAGCUGCCCGAUACUGAUGGGGCCGUUCCCGUUGAGAGCGAGGGCUCCAACACUUCACGCUGCGCCAUUAUGUGAGCAAUUCCGAUACCUUCCGACUUCAUCUAUAGUAGCUUUAGCCAUUUAAGAUAAAUGUCUUUCAUUGUUUAAAUGUUCAGUUGACCUCUUUGGUAAUUUGUGGUCUUUUGCGAAAAUUACAUUUUAAGAGAGCAUUAAAAUUGGGUUAAACCAAAGCCAUGUCUAAGCGCUGGAUACAGCUUAUGAGAGUUGUUAGCCAUGCGCUAUGCACAUGGGCAGCCCAUCUAAUGAUUUCUUGCUACAUAGCUGCCUUCCAGCUCCCGAUAUGAUAGCCUAUAAGUCAGUUAUGUACCGACAAAUCUUUUAUUUCACCAACUAAAUCAUUUCAAGUACCCUUAGGACAUUAGGUACAAAAAACAAUAACAAUACAGACAACAUAAUCAUUUAACAUACAUAAGAUAUAUGUAGUUUAAGAUGUACAAGUUUUAUAAGAUUUGUGUAUUCAAUUCAACAUUUUAUUUGUCACCACAAUUUGUAUUAGUAAAUAAUAA